GACGCUGUCCUGCAGCAGAUGAUUGGACCAGCGCCCAGGGCACGCUCAGGGCGGGAGCCUGAGCUGGGAAGGACAGAGGCCGCGGGUGCCCGGCUGCUGGCUGCUGAAGCCAUGCGGUGCCAGCCCUGGAGGUGGGCUCUGCCCUGGGAGGUGCUCCUGCUUCUCCUCGGUCCCCAGCUCGCAGUGACUCAGGGCCUGAGAACCCAAGAGGAAUAUGACAGAGAUGUCAAAGAUGUCAUGAGCCAGUAUUUCCCGGCCACCGUGGAGUACGCACUGCACACGUUCAACAUCCAGAGCGAGGACACGAACGCCUACAGGCUGGUGCGCAUCCUGAAUUCCUGGACAGAGACGAUUAUGGAUAUGGUCAUAUUCUCCAUGGAGCUGCUGCUUCGCAGAACCAGGUGUGGGAAAUUUGAAGACGACAUCGACAACUGCCCCUUCCAGUCAAGUCAACAGCUUAACAAUACCUACAACUGCUUCUUCACCAUCGGUACUCACCCCAGGGAGAAAACCUUCCAACUACUGUACAAGACCUGCUUUGAGAUUAUAUCUGAGUGAGUGAGAUGACACCUUCCGAUGGUCUGCAACUCUGCGCCUAGAAAUCAGCAUUCCUGCAGGCGGCCUGCGGUGGCUGAGCAGCACCAAGCUCUGUGUUGCCUUUCUCUGCAGGAGUCUGGGUCUCACGUGUCCGCGUGAUGGAAUUCCUCCCUGUGCACCCUCAUCCUGUAGAUCAUUAAACAUCAGCAUUUCAAGACGCUCAUGUGAUGCUUCCAG